ACAGAAAACACCUGUGUAACUCCUCGUGGCCCCAAAAAAAACAACAACACACCCAGUCACAGAGACCGGCUCCACCGAUCUGAGUCAUCAGCUGCUCCCGUGUCCGCGCGACCCGCCCGUGUGCGCUCGCGACAGUCAAACCGGAGACCCGCGAAAAGUUUCCGUCGGUUUGGAACGUUCGGACGUUCUAAGUGCUCCGCGCGAGACCUCCACGAGCCGUCACCUUCCUUCCGCUGCAGACGCUGUCCCGACAUGAACACAGGACCAAAGACACACGCCGCCUUCACCCAGGGAGGUCAGAGCUCGGUGGAACAUGACGCCUCCCGCUCGGCGCUCUUCUACCUGUUCGAAGAAGUUUCCAAGCUAGCCUCCCCGAUCCACGACAGUUUCCUGGACGCGCGUUCGUCCUCGGCGUGGCUGAGCGAGACUUCUCGACAAAGUCCUUUCCUCGUUAAAGAAGAGGAAGAGGAUGCGUAUUCAUUUCAAGUCUCUACGAGUUCCUACCAGCGCGCUUUGUCUCGUGUGUUUCCGUAUGAUCAGGUGAAGAAAGCGAAGGAGGAAAGUCGCAGCAGCGUCGUCACGCCUGUGGUCGAGCCGCAUCAUCCCAAACCCACCAGCCCCUGGAAAGUGCUGAGUCUGAUCAACCUGCAGUGUGAGAAGCUCCUCCAUCACAGCGACGCAGAGGAGCCACAACCAAGUUCAAAAUCAAACCAUUUGAAAGACAAAGCAUCGACUGCAGCAGCAGACGUGACAGACCAGGGAGAUGUCCCAGCCUGCAUCAGUCCUGUGGGCGAUGUGAGAGUCUGCUACGUGAAACGUCAUGUUCAGUCACAGUCACAAAAAAACGUUAGACCAGAGCCGAUGGAGGAAACUGCAUCUUCUGAACCUCAGAUCAGUGUUAACAGACAGUUUGGGUGUGAGAAGAAGUGUGUCUCUUCUGAACACGAUGUUAUGAAUGAAAAAACAAACCUCUCCAAAGCUUCCCGCACUUUUAAUUCAAAUGAAAGUGCCUGUGUAACUCUGUCAAAGCCAGCACUAACACUGGAUCACAAUGGAAACCUCACUUUGACUGCAGAGCUCCCGUGUGACACCCAGCUGCACCCUCCGAGCUCCAUCCCACCUCCGUCAGCAACAAACCAAGACGACAAUAUCCCUGCAUCUAAAUCCAAACGUACACGUGAUCCCACAGAGGAAGACUCCACUCCAGAUGCACGACUGAAAUCCUCACGCUGUGAUGGAGAAAGUAACGCCUCAAAACUAGAACCAAGGCUGGUGGAGAAGGAGGAAGUUGCUCUUCCAUCCUCCCAGCAGUGGAGAACCAAGACUCCUCGAAAACAACCUCAUCCCAGCCGGAGUGCUGAUAUCCAAGACCCAGACUUCCAGGGAGUGUUGUUCAGGAUGGACACGGAGCUGGACGACAGCAGGGAACAGUGCCGGCUCCUCAUAACUUCAAAGUACAGCAAGGAGCUCUGCAAAAGUGUCAGAAAGCCGAGGCUGAGGACGCGGACGUCCCAGAAAUCCCUCAAAACCAGCAGCUCGGAUGAGGAGAGUGACCCGACGACCAGUGUUUCCAAGGGGAAAGUCUGCGCGUCAUGCUGCACCAGGAAGACCCCGAUGUGGAGGGACGCCGAGGACGGGACCCCUCUGUGUAACGCCUGUGGAAUAAGGUAUAAGAAGUACAGAGUGCGCUGUGUCAACUGCUGGCAUAUCCCGAGGAAAGAGGGCAACUCCAACUCAUGCUGCCUCAAGUGUGGAAACUUUGUGAGGCUGACCUCAGCUCAGCGGAAACACAGCACCUAGGGAACGUACACGGAGCGAAGUCGUCUACAAUUCACUACAGAUGUGAACGCAAACAUUGAGGAGCAGCACCAGCUUCUUACUUGACUCAGAGUAUUUAAAUAUUGUACCUCAGGCCAGCAGCACUAAUUCCCUCCAUGCUGGACGCACCAGGGGAAAAAUAGGCUUAAACCAAUCUGCACUGAUCCUGUUUGUGCUACCUGCCAACCUGUGUGACAGAAGUUAGGGGACGUACUGAUGAAGCACAAACAGAGCUAAUAAAAGACGUCCCGAAGCGCUACUUAUUUAAAGAGUAGACACAUUCAGCGGAAAGUUCCUUCAAUAAUUGUUGAUAUAUUUUUCAUGUGAAUAGCUCCAGCGUUGCUCGUGUGUGUGAUGGUCUGCAGUGCCAGACGGCUGCAAUAGAAAGUUAUUUCUGUGCCGGACCUAAAAACAGCAACCUGAGCUCACUGCGCUGCGUUCACUGUUAUUAACUGCAAAACAACCUCAGCUGUCUGCUCCGUUCAGUGGAUGCACGUUAAGUUUGCACACGUUAUUUAUUUCGUUGUCUUUGUCAUUGUUUGUUUCUUUGAGGUGUUGCUGGUUGAUUUCUUUAACAUUAGUUUUCUGUGGCAUGAAAAAACAUUGUUUUGUGUGUGAGCGUAUAUAUAUUUGUGGUUUGCAUUAAAUUCAGUAUGAAACAUUGAAUAUGUUUCCUGCUUCUUCUUAGGCACAUAAAGGCCUGCGCUCCCAUCGCCUGACUCAAAAUGCAACGACUAUAAAGCGGUGUAAUAGUUUCUACACAUAUCACAUUAAACUACGCUGAGUACGUACAGGGGAGAAUUGUUCAUUAAUGAGACUUCCCACAGUUUCCACGGCCCACCCUGCAGUUACAAGGCCCAAUUGCCAAGUGGGUGGCCUCACACGAAGUGAUACAGUGCAGCUAUUAUUUCAAAAACGGAUUACGUCUUCCUCUUAUUCGAAACAGCCAGCGCCGCCGCCUCUCUCGCCGUGUGCCAAACCAUCCGGCAACGAGAGGAACACCGAAGGAAAUGAGCGCUGCCGAAGCCAAGGACAUAAAAGAUAGAAGAGAGCCCAAUAAAAGCAAUGUGCUCGCUUCAUUUUGUUACAUUAAGCACAUUCCAGUUCAAAACAGGACUUAGUAAACGCUGUUUUUUACAGCGUGGGAUUGCUACUUAAGAUCUGAAUACAUUCUCAGCAAUAUGUUUACAAUGAGACAUAAACCUAAUAAAACACAAACAUUUGUUAUGAGUCUAGCUCCGUGUGCAGCCGUGCAGCCGG